AUGGACUCUCAGGCAGCGCCGAAACGAAGAAUACAUUUGUUUCGUCAGAAACAAAACAUAGAUUGGGGGUUCAAUCCAGAUCCCUUCAAGAUACCGCCAGACAUGGCGGACUGUGUUGUAACGCGUAAUCCUGUUUUGUCUGUUUUACAGAAUCAGCAGCGCCAAAUCACUAACGAACCAUACAUUCCUAAACAAGAGACACCAGCACCAUUAAAUGCUUCUGUUUCUCAAAAUCAGCAAUUAACAAUUAACAAUUCUGCAUCUAAUAUCGCUGUCCAACAAAAAUCUGAACAACCUGCAGGUCAAGAUAAUAAAUUAUCCACUAUUGGCCAAUUUCCAAGUAUUGAAAAUAAAGAUGCAAAUAAUCAAACAGCUCCAACAAUAUCAUUAUCACUCAAGAAUCCUCUUAAGCCAGCUGAUAACUUACUUGCUAAAUCAGGCCAAGAAAAUGAAAAUAAGGCCGAGUCAAAUACAGAUUCGAAGCCAAAGCUUACUGCAAUGAACAACCAAUUUAGCUUGAAGCCAUCUACACCAAACUCUGAGGCGAAACCAGCAAUCGGAGGAAACGGUCUUGGAUUAGGAAUGAAACUUUCUUCUUCAAAGCCAUUAUCUAACAUUUCCGAAGCAGCUCAAGACAAACCAGCUACAGGCGGUCUUUCAUUGAAGCUUCCUUCUUCAAAGCCAUUAUCAAAUAUCCAAGCUGCUUCUGAAGAGAAAUCGCAACCAUCUACAGGACUGAAACUUGGCAUGAAGUUACCUUCAAACCAAGCUUCAGAAGAAAAACCUAAACUUGGCUUGAACCUUCCUAAAUCUCCUUCUAAUUCAACAGAAGAGAAACCUAAACUUGGCUUGAACCUCGGUAAAUCUCCAUCUACAGAAGAAAAACCUAAGCUUCAAUUAGGUGGAAUCAAAAUCGGACAGACACCAUCUAAUUCAACAGAAGAGAAACCAAAAUUAGGAUUAAAUCUUCCUAAAUCUCCAUCAACAGAAGAAAAGCCAAAGUUAAGUUUGAACCUUGGUAAAUCUCCUUCUACAGAAGAAAAGCCAAAACUUUCUCUAAAUCUUGGUAAAUCUCCUUCUAAUCAAUCAACAGAAGAAAAACCAAAAUUAGGAUUAAAUCUUCCUAAAUCUCCAUCAAGUCAAACUUCUGAAGAAAAGCCAAAGUUAAGUUUGAACCUUGGUAAAUCUCCUUCAAAUCAGUCUACAGAAGAGAAACCAAAACUUCAAUUAGGUGGAAUCAAACUCGGACAGACACAAUCAAAUCAAAAAUCAGAAGAGAAACCAAAACUUCAAUUAGGUGGAAUCAAACUCGGACAGACACAAUCAAAUCAAAAAUCAGAAGAGAAACCGAAAUUAAGCUUAAAUCUUGGAAAACCAUCAACAGAAGAGAAACCAAAACUUUCUCUAAAUCUUGGCAAAUCUCCUUCUAAUCAAUCUACAGAAGAAAAACCAAAGCUAGGAUUUAAUCUUCCUAAAGCUCCAUCAAAUCAAACAGAAGAAAAACCAAAAUUAGGAACAGGUGGAAUUUCAUUGAACUUAGGAAAUAAACCACAAUCAGAAGAGAAACCAAAACUUUCAUUAGGUGGAAUUAAACUCGCACAAUCUCCAUCAAAUUCAAAUGAAGAAAAACCAAAACUUUCUCUAAAUCUUCCUAAAUCUCCAUCAAAUCAAUCAACAGAAGAGAAACCAAAGCUUCAACUUGGUGGAAUUAAAUUAAACUUAGGAAAUAAACCACAGACAGAAACACAAACAGAAGAGAAGCCAAAACUCCAAUUAGGAGGCAUCAAAUUAGGUCAAUCUCCUUCUAAUUCAACAGAAGAGAAGCCAAAACUUCAAUUAGGAGGAAUCAAACUAAACUUAGGAAGUAAACCACAAACAGAAGAGAAACCAAAGCUUCAAUUAGGUGGAAUCAAAUUAGGAACAGGUGGAAUUUCAUUGAACUUAGGAAAUAAACCACAAUCAGAAGAGAAACCAAAACUUCAACUUGGUGGAAUCAAACUCGGUAAUUCUCAACCAAAUCAACCAUUGGAAAAACCAAAGUCAGGAAUUAAUCUCAACUUAGGAAAAUCUCAACCUUCUUCUGAAGAGAAACCAAAACUUGGAUUGAAUCUCGGUAAAUCUCCAUCAAAUUCAACAGAAGAGAAACCGAAAUUGGGAACAGGCGGAAUUUCAUUAAACUUAGGAAAUAAACCACAAACAGAAGAGAAACCAAAACUUUCUCUAAAUCUUCCUAAAUCUCCAUCAAAUCAAAAUCAAUCAACAGAAGAAAAACCAAAACUCCAAUUAGGAGGAUUGAAAUUAAACUUAGGAAAUAAACCACAGACAGAAACACAAACAGAAGAGAAACCAAAGCUUCAACUCGGUGGAAUUAAAUUAAACUUAGGAAGUAAAUCACAGACAGAAGAGAAACCUAAAUUCCAAUUAAGAGGAAUCAAAUUAGGUCAAUCUCCUUCUAAUUCAACAGAAGAAAAACCAAAGCUUUCAUUAGGUGGUAUCAAACUUGCACAAUCUCCAUCAAAUGAAGAGAAGCCAAAACUUUCUCCAAAUCUUCCUAAAUCUCCAUCAAAUCAACAAACAGAAGAAAAGCCAAAACUCCAAUUAGGUGGACUGAAAUUAAACUUAGGAAGUAAAUCACAGACAGAAGAAAAGCCAAAACUUAGUGAAGGCGGAAUCAAAUUAGGAAAUGUUUCUUCAAGUCAAACUUCUGAUGAAAAACCAAAACUUGGUUUAGGAGGAAUUUCUCUUAACUUCGGAAAUAAACAGCAAACAGAAGAAAAACCAAAAUUAUCUUCAUCACAAAACGUUGAGAAACCAACACUUGGAUUAGGUGGAAUCACAUUAGGGCAACAAACAUCAGAAGAGAACAAACCAAAACUUGGAUUAAAUCUUCCUAAAUCAAAUCAAACAGAAGAAAAACCGAAAUUAGGAACAGGUGGAAUUUCACUAAACUUAGGAAAUAAACCACAAUCAGAAGAGAAACCAAAGCUUCAAUUAGGUGGAAUUAAACUCGCACAUUCUCCAUCAAAUCAAUCAACUGAAGAGAAGCCAAAACUUUCUUUAAAUCUUGGUAAAUCUCCAUCAAAUCAAUCAACUGAAGAGAAGCCAAAACUUGGAUUGGGAGGACUGAAACUAAACCUUGGAAAUCAUCUCCAAUCAGAUGAAAAACCAAAGUUCAGUCUUGGAGGAAUGAAACUCGGAAAAGUUCCUUCAAACGAAUCACAAGAGCCACCGAAAUUCACUCUAAACAUUCCUAAACUUCCUUCAAACCAAGCUGAACAAAAUGAUGGAAAACCAAAGCUUGGAUUAGGCGGAAUCUCUUUGAAUCUUUCGCAGAAGAAAGAAGAAAAUGAAGAGAAGCCAAAACUCGGAAUUGCUCCAAAACCAAUUCAAUCAAAUCAAAAUAAAAUUGAAGAAAAACCAAAAGUGACAAAUUCUGUCACAAAAACAGAGGAAAAAGCAAUUUCCGCACCAGGAGUCAAGCUUGAUUUAAAGCUUCCUAAGAAAGGAUUUGGAUUAAUGAGACAACCAUCUAAAUCAUUAGAAGUUUCAAAUGAUUCUGAACAACAAAAUUUGUCAAGUUUCGGACAAAUCCACGUAACUCUUCCAGAAAAGAAAGAAGAGAACCAACCAUUGUCUAGCUUUGGUCAGAUCCAUGUAACUCUUCCAGAGAAAACACAAAAGAAAGAAGAGAAUCAGCCAUUAUCCUCUUUCGGACAAAUUCAUGUAACAUUGCCUCAAAAAGGUCAAAAUGAAAAAGUGACAGAACAAAAAGUGACAGAUGAAAAAUCGUUAUCCUCAUUUGGACAAAUACAUGUAACAAUUCCAGAGAAACUAGCAAAUAAACAAGAAGAAAAGCCACUUUCUACAUUUGGACAAAUUCACGUUUCAAUUCCUGAAAAAACACAAAAACAAGAAGAAAAAAUUUCCAGUUUUGGACAAAUCCAUGUUUCAAUUCCUGAAAAACUCCAGAAACAAGAAGAAAAGACAUCAUCAUUUGGCCAAAUACAUGUAACAAUUCCUGAAAAACUCCAGAAACAAGAAGGAAAAUCAGUAAUAGAUAAACUUCCAGAAAAAACACAGGAAUUAAUUAAAAACAUGCCUUCAGAAAUAAAUGUCAAGAUUCCAGAACAAGUUCACUCACAACAAAAUAAUCCAUUAGUUCCUUUGGGUGUUUCCUUAAAUGAUGUUGCUAAAUCCCAAAAUCCAACACAAAAUAAACCAGAUUUAAGUUCAUUGAAACCACCACAAAAAUCAGAAGAAAACAAACCAUCAUUAGGACUUAAAUUACCAAAUAAACCUAAUUUCAGUUCAUUAAAACCACCACAGAGUCAAACAGAAUCAAAACCAAAUAAUUUAAGUUCAUUGUUACCUCCAAAACAAACAUUAGGACUUAAACUUCCAACUUCAUCUAAUUCAGGUCUUAAAUUACCAAUUAAACUUCCAAACCAAAACCAAAACCAAAACCAAGAAGCUAAAGAAGUUAAAGAAACUAAAGAAGUUAAAGCUAAAGAAGAACCAAAGAAAGAACUUGGCUUCAAGUCCGAUUUCAAGAUCGAAGGUGCAAGUUUCAAAGGCAUCAAUCUUAGUUCAUCAGGCAAAUUCGAAGUUCCAAGUGGUAAAAGUUUUGAUGACAUGAUCAAACAAAAAGUUAAUAAAGCAGAAGAAAACAAACCAAAAUUCAGUUUGAACUUGAACUUAAAUUUGAACAAUAAAACACCACUUUCUAAUGCACCAAAACCAAUUGCACUUUCUCUUUCAAAUGAUGGAAAGAAACCAAGUUUGGCCGGAUUAAAUAUUAGCAAAGGAUCAUCUCUUGCAUCUGUAUCAAUCAACGCAUUGCACAAAUCAGGAGAUGACGUUCCAAAACUCGCUCUUUCCAUUGACAAACUUAGAAAGGAACCUCCGCCACCUCCUACUCCUCCUGCUGUGACUAAAUCAGCUCUUGCAACAGAGAAAGAGAUAAGAGAAUCAUCAAUUGCUGAUGUAACUCCUUUGGCAAUGAUUACUAAGAUAAAUUCAGCUAAGAAACCUGAUUUCAGUGCAUUGAAACCAAAUCUAGGAAACAAACAACAGAGUUCUUCUUCUAAUGAACAAAAACCACUCAACAAACCUAAUUUUAGUGCAUUAAAACUACCACAGAAAUCAGAAGAAACAAAACCAAAUAACUUAAGUUCAUUGUUACCUCCAAAACAAACAUUAGGACUUAAACUUCCAACUUCAUCUAAUUCAGGUCUUAAAUUACCAAUUAAACUUCCAAACCAAAACCAAAACCAAGAAGCUAAAGAAGCUAAAGAAGUUAAAGAAUCUAAAGAAGUUAAAGCUAAAGAAGAACCAAAGAAAGAACUUGGCUUCAAGUCCGAUUUCAAGAUCGAAGGUGCAAGUUUCAAAGGCAUCAAUCUUAGUUCAUCAGGCAAAUUCGAAGUUCCAAGUGGUAAAAGUUUUGAUGACAUGAUCAAACAAAAAGUUAAUAAAGCAGAAGAAAACAAACCAAAAUUCAGUUUGAACUUGAACUUAAAUUUGAACAAUAAAACACCACUUUCUAAUGCACCAAAACCAAUUGCACUUUCUCUUUCAAAUGAUUCAAACAAAGGACAAGUGCAAGGUGCAUUGACAAUUAAACCAAUUCCUCUUUCAAAAGGAGAUAAACCAAAAGCAGAUUUUCAGUCACUUAAAUUAGGAAAAUCUCUUUCAAAUCCAACACAAAAUAAACCAGAUUUAAGUUCAUUGAAACCACCACAAAAAUCAGAAGAAAACAAACCAUCAUUAGGACUUAAAUUACCAAAUAAACCUAAUUUCAGUUCAUUAAAACCACCACAGAGUCAACCAGAGUCAAAACCAAAUAAUUUAAGUUCAUUGUUACCUCCAAAACAAACAUUAGGACUUAAACUUCCAACUUCAUCUAAUUCAGGUCUUAAAUUACCAAUUAAACUUCCAAACCAAAACCAAAACCAAGAAGCUAAAGAAGUUAAAGAAACUAAAGAAGUUAAAGCUAAAGAAGAACCAAAGAAAGAACUUGGUUUCAAGUCCGAUUUCAAGAUCGAAGGUGCAAGUUUCAAAGGCAUCAAUCUUAGUUCAUCUGGUAAAUUCGAAGUUCCAAGUGGUAAAAGUUUUGAUGACAUGAUCAAACAAAAAGCGAAAACAGAACAACCAAAAACAGAAGAAAACAAGCCAAAACUUCAGUUGAACCUUAAUGGAAAUGGUCUUCCGAAGCCUGGACUUCCAAAACCUCUGCCUUUCAACAAGCCAGGUAUUCAGAGGUUGAAUUUCUCUGCUAUUAAUUUAAAGAAAUAA